GUUUAAAGCCACGAGCGCGCAGCGCGAGUGGCUUUAGACCUAAUAAAACACGACCUGCGAGUUUAUUGAACGGCUUCAAACACGACUAUACAAAUUCAAUAGAUUUACUGCCUUAUUAGUAUUCUUUAUAUAAAAAAUACUAACGAGGACACGACUACAAUAGAUACUGCCUUAUCAGUAUUCUUUAUAUAAAGAAUAUUAAUUAUAGGAGUGUUUUAUCAGGUUUAAAGCCACUGCACGUGACAUAUUAUGGUCAACAUGAUUUGCCAAUAAGCUUAUGCAUUAUUAAUGAGUGUUUGAAGUACUAUUUCAGUAAAAAACGAGCAGGAGUGUUUUAUUAGGUUUUACCUAAUAAAACACGACCUGCGAGUUUUUUAAAUGUCUUCAAAAACGUUGCAUAAUAAGUCAAAUCUUUAUAUAAAAAUCUUUAUAUAAAAAUCUUUAUAUAGUUUGCAUAACAAUGGUCUUUUGUUAAAGUGUUCUUUUAUUACCUGGUAUAAAGACGUAUGCACGUGACUAAUUUCUUACUCAAGAUUGGAUAAUUGCUUCAUGAAUUAUUAAUGAGUUUUUGAAAGAGAUUUCGAGCACUUAUAAAAGUGAUAAUCUCACAUGUGAGAUUAUUUAUGAUAAUCUCACAUGUGAAAAUUAUUGCUUUUCAAUUAUCGCUUUUCUGUAAAAAUUAUCGCUUUUCAAAGACUGUCCUUUAUAUAAUAAACAGAACAUGCACGUGACAUAUUAUGGUUAACAUGAUUUGCCAAUAAGCUUAUGAAUUAUUAAUGAGUGUUUGAAGUACUAUUUCAGUAAAAAACGAGCAGGAGUGUUUUAUUAGGUUUUACCUAAUAAAACACGACCUGCGAGUUUUUUAAAUGUCUUCAAAAACGUUGCAUAAUAAGUCAAAUCUUUAUAUAAAAAUCUUUAUAUAAAAAUCUUUAUAUAGUUUGCAUAACAAUGGUCUUUUGUUAAAGUGUUCUUUUAUUACCUGGUAUAAAGACGUAUGCACGUGACUGAUUUCUUACUCAAGAUUGGAUAAUUGCUUCAUGAAUUAUUAAUGAUUUUUGAAAGAGAUUUCGAGCACUUAUAAAAGUGAUAAUCUCACAUGUGAGAUUAUUUAUGAUAAUCUCACAUGUGAAAAUUAUUGCUUUUCAAUUAUCGCUUUUCUGUAAAAAUUAUCGCUUUUCAAAGACUGUCCUUUAUAUAAUAAACAGAAAAAUACAUGGGUGCUUGGAAAUACCAGAUUUAUUUCUCGUGAGUUAAACAUGAUAUCUCACCGUCGUUCGCUGCGUUCAUGCACUCAUGAGAUAUCAUGUUCAACACUCGAAAUAAAUCUGGUAUUUCCGCGCACCCAUAUAUUAUUCUCUAUUUAUUAUAUAAACGUAAGUGUUAUAUAGAGUUUUUGGCCACUGAGAAAAUAAGCACACGUAAAAAAUACGAUAUUUUUACGUGUGAAAAUAUCAUUUGUUGUAAAACGCAUUGCCACGGACGUUUUAUUGUUUUUCACUGAAUUUUGUUUAUAUAAUAAACAGAAAAAUACAUGGGUACUUGGAAAUACCAGAUUUAUUUCUAAAUCGCAGGCUUCAACACUGAGCUCAGAGCACUGAGCUAUAUAUUUCAUACGUAAUUCUAAUACAUAACUUCAAUAGGGCCAUUAUAUUUAUACAGGACAAAAUAAGACGCGACUUACAUAAGACGCGACUUAAAUAAGACGCGAGUUUGUCGUAUAAAAGGUACAAAAUUCUUAUGUAAGACGCGUCUUGGAUACGCGUCUUACAUAAGAACAGGACUUUUAGCUGUUCUUAUUUAAGUCGCGUCUUAAAUAAGAAAUUUUAAACAAAAAUUCUAACUACACAUGCCCGAAACUUGAAACAACGUAAAAUUAUUAGCCUUGCAUAUUCAAACAAAAACAACCGAAACAACAUUAUAGCUAUAGCAAGUAAAUAAGAAUAAAUCCGUAGAGAACCAUUUAUGCGAUAACUCAGCUUAUAUAAGACGCGUCUUAUGUAAGACGCGACUUAUUUUGUCCCGUAUAAAUGGCCCUAAUAAGACCCAGGAUGGCCUUUCUGUGGUAUUAAUUAGUAAUUGAAAUGGUUCGCUAAUGGUUCUGGUUCGUAUUAAUUAGUGAUUGAAAUGGUUCGCUAAUGGUUCUGAUUCGUAUUAAUCAGUGAUUGAAAUGGUUUGCUAAUGGUUCUGGUUCGUAUUAAUUGCUGAUUGAAAUGGUUCGCUAAAGGUUCUGGUUCGUUAAGAUAAUCUUCGCCAAUCGUUCUGGUUCGUGUAGAAAGCACGUCUCAGUUAAAGAUUCAUUCAUUUUUGAAAUUCGGGUUUCUGGCAACAGACCUCAGACCCCUAAUUGUUAUAUUAUUUAUGUGUUUCGGUUUUUGAAAAUUAAUUUUCUUAUCUUAUAGGCAGAAAAUGAAAAUGAUAAAAAGAAAACGUCUGAAGGUAUUCCUCACGAUUAUACCGCUGACUUCAAGGCCCGCUAUACUGAGGGUUCUGGCCUGGUAUUAUUUAUCCUGAAUUGGAAAACUAGCUUGUUCUGCUGAAAACGGCACAUGAAUAGAGUUGUGGUUGGUUGUUUCCCGCUACUGCAUGUGCUUCGAGUUUUCAACCGGGCUACUCUGGUUUUCCCACCUCAACAAAACUACUUAUCCUUCCAUGUCAGUUGUACUCUGUGUCGUAUGCAUGCAUGUCUAAGUUUAUUGAGUUUCUCACUCAUUGGUCAGCGGAUUUCGCAACAGGCCAUUGCCUAAUUGAGCAUUUGCGCAAUAGACUAAAUUUUUAUCUCAACAAAAAUUUCAUUACAGCUUGAAAGAGCAUCACAAAAUUAGGAAUAUUCCAAAGUUUCGUUGCAAAAUGUUGUAAAAUGCGGAAAAUAUAGCCUUGCGAAAUUUACAAUUUUCAGUCAUUUUAGAUUACAAACCGGAAAUUGACAGCCUCGAAGGGUUUGGGGCUGUCAAUUUCCCGUUUGUAAUCUAAAAUGACUGAAAAUUGCAAAUUUCGCAAGGCUAUAUUUUCCGCAUUUUACAACAUUUUGCAACGAAACUUUGGAAUAUUGCUAAUUUUGUGAUGCUCCUUCAAGCUGUGAUGAAAUUUUUGUCUAGACUUGUUUAGUUCAAAAUUUAGUCUAUUACGCAAAUAGUCAAUUGGUAGGGAAUACGAGGUACCUACCAUGCAACGUUCCUAUUCGAGAAAACGCGAAUGUCUAUUGUCUAACCAUUUACUGAUGUCAAUGUAAAGGUAGCAUUUUCUCCUCAAUUAUUGAAGAUCUUGAGUAGAAGUCAGACCAGGUAUCGAACCCGAGUUUACCAGCCUGAAAGCCAAGCGUGGUAACCACAACACAAUCUGCAGUGCCAGCUGGCAUCAUGCGCAGUGUUGCCGCAGCGAGUGCUUAAACGUUUUACAGUGGGGUGCCAUAACAAAGGUUAAGGCCCAGUGCGAGCUCCUCAGAGUAAGAUUUAGGUUAUCAUGGUAUGGUUAAGGUUCAGUCUGAACCACUAACUAGUGUGGCCUCCGAGACCAAAUGUCCCCUCACUGAUGUUAAAAUAUGCCUUGUAUGGGUGUGUUCGUCAGAGGCGCCCUAGUGUAAGCCUGCACAUCGCGGCCAUGCAUGUUUUUCUAGUUUCAAGUUUUAAAACAAACUGACGGUAUCCAAAUGCAGGCAAGUUUCACGAACAAAGACAGACGCAAUUUACUCCAAUAAUAUAUAUUGUAUUUUCGAGUGUUAUGGGGAAAACGUCGAGCAAGUCUAUCACAAAUCUGGUGAAAGAAAAGAUGGUGUAUACACAGAACAGGUUGACAUAAAUUUUUACUGUUUAUAUUCUAUUAGUUCAACCCACCACAAGCAAAUCUAUCUCGACAACAUCGAAACCUGUGGCAAAUUGUUCAAGUUUGUACAAAUCUGGUGAAAGAAAAGAUGGUGUUUACACUAUCAACCCUGAUGGCCUUGGAUCUUUCCAAGUCAGAUGUGAUAUGCAAACAGAUGGUGGAGGGUGGACAAUGUUCCAAAGAAGACAAGACGCAAGUGUAGAUUUCUAUCGUGGAUGGCAAGAUUACAAAAAUGGUUUUGGUGAUCUUAACGGUAAUUUUUGGCUUGGAUUGGAUCGAAUACAUCGUUUGACAAAAUCAGGACAAAAUGUUCUAAGAGUGGACUUGACGGAUUGGAAUAGCGACACAGCGUACGCAAAGUAUGGAUCAUUUUCUGUUGCGUCUGAGUCUGACGGUUAUAGACUGGACCUGGGUAGUUUUUCAGGUAAAUAUAUGAUUUGAUAAAUAUAAAUUUGAUAAAAUAGAGUAUGGAAAUAGUGGUGAAGCCAUGCAGGGAGGGAGUAGGGUGUGGCUUAUAUCAGGGCUCGAAUUUUAUCGCGGCAAUCGCGGCAAUUGCCGUACAGUGAGAACAAAAUGCCGUAUAGUGUAAUUUUUAUACUAUUCACUGUGCAUUACUAUUUUGAUACUUGAAUUCAGAUGUUGAUCAAAUCAUGCGUAAACUACUAUUUUAGUCUCAGUUUUCUUCGAGAAAAAAAAACACUAAAGAAAUACGUUAACAUGUUUCUAGCUUGUCAGCAAUCCAAAGUAACAAUAAAAUUAAAUUUUUAUUACAGUAAUACUAAUUUGAAAAAUGCCGUGGAAAAUGUCAAAAUUGCCACAGACAGCUGUUACGUUCUAUACGGCAAUUUUUAACGCCAUUGCCGUCGAUUGAUUUUAGGGAAAUUCGAGGCCUGGCUUAUAUGCCUUAAUAAGGUCAUUUACAGGACGCAAUUUUUUCUGACCUUGCAACGCAACUUCAGACACAAAGCCAUGUUGUCUAAAACGUAUUCAUAGGCGUACUGGGCGGGGGGCGGCAACCCCAAAAAUGAAGUUGGGCAAAUUAUCAACGUAAAUAAUUAACGGGAAAUAAUUUUAAAAAGAAGAAAUAUGCAAUAUAAUGGUCGAAAAUGUUUGAAAUAUAUAGGAGUUAUGAGAAAUUAUAACAGAUGGCAAAAAAUGUUUUCGGUGUUUGAUAAGUCGGGCGCAAUGCAUGGGAAAUUGAAGUCUGGUAAGUUUCAUUCUCCUCCCCCAAUUUUUCCUUCUCGUACGCGUCUGAACGUACAGUCACGUGAAAAACGUCGGUAUAGGCAAAGUAAAACGUGCGCCGUACUGACAAUUUAUCAUUGAGUACGUUUUGGAUUAAGAUGUGACACUAGUAUACGCAUUCCAAGUAUUAAGGUGUUUUACAUAUAUCUAAGGUAAUGCUGGUGACUCGUUGACAUAUCACAACGGAAUGAAGUUCUCUACCUACGACAGAGAUAAUGAUCAAAAGGGCAGCAACUGUGCUGUGGACAGCCAAGGUGCUUGGUGGUAUAAACAAUGUCACCACUCCAACCUCAAUGGUCAAUACCUCAAGGCAGGGGAGAAAUCUUAUCAAGGAAUAAGAUGGCACCAUUGGAAAAGGGACAGCAGAUCCAUGAAGAAAACUGAGAUAAAACUACGUCCAGCUGGAUUUUAGAAAUCCCAGGAACACGUUUUCCUCUCAAAUACACACUAAACAAUUAAUGUGUAGUUACAAGAGAAAAAGAAGUUAAUUCGUCAUGCACGCUAGAUAACGAGAUUCGUAGAUGACGAGCUGUUGCAUUAAAUAGAUAUUAUAAUCACUGUACAUAUUGCCUUUUAUAGUCAACGGCCAAAACAAUACCUCAAAGAUAAAAAUAGCACUAAAGUUGUAAGAGUUUGUGGG